AUGGUUGAGUCAACAAAUGUCUUCAAAAUUAUCAAUGUUUCAACAGCAAUUAUCAUGAUUUUAGGUGGUAUAUCACAAUUUUUUCCACUUGGGUUUAAAAAUAUUAUAAUUGGAAUAUAUGUAAUUAUGUUCGGCACUGUUACUGGUAUUUUGGAGUUCUUCAUUCCCCCGCAAGCUGCUAAGUAUUGUUCUUUUUUUUUUUCAUUUUUGGGGCGAGGAAUAUUUUAUGUUUUUGUAGGCGGCCUUCUCCUAGAUAAUUCAAUUCUUCGGAUGGUUUCGGGAGCAAUUGUUAUUAUAAUAGGAAUAAUAUAUUCAGUUUUAGAGUUUAUUCCUAGAGUUACCCCUCCAAAUAAUAUGAGGGAUUUUAGUUUAGAAGAUGGAACACAUAUUUAA